AGUACUUUAUGGUAAUAUUUAUUUUUUCUGGUUACAGUUUAAAGGGCACUUCUGUUUGUGGAGUAAAGCCUGCCACAUUGUCAAAAUAUGUAACUGGAGGAUUACAGUAUGCUUACCUCUGAUUUUAUUUCUACAGUGCUGCUAUAAGUAACAAUGAGUAAAUCUACUAAAUUAUGUCGUAAGACUUCUUGUCCAAGAAGCAAUAUAUUCUGCAAUCUCCUUGACAAAAUUGUUAAAAGACCCUCCCUACAGUUUUUGGGUCAGUGGGGAUAUCACUGUUACGAACCAAGGAUUUACAGAUCACUGGCAAAAAUUCUGAGGUAUGUGGACUUGGAUGGUUUUGACGCACUACUCACAGAUUACAUUGCAUUUGUGGAAAAAUCAGGAUACCGUUUUGAAGUAAGUUUUAACCUCGACUUCACUGAAAUAUGUGUGAAUACAAUUCUGUACUGGGUUUUUGCCAGAAAAGGUAAUCCUGACUUUGUGGAAUUGCUUCUCAAGAAGACAAAAGACUAUGUUCAAGACAGAAGUUGUAACCUGGCACUGAUAUGGAGAACUUUCACACCAGUAUACUGUCCAAGCCCAUUAAGUGGCAUCACACCUCUCUUUUAUGUAGCUCAGACAAGACAGUCUAAUAUCUUCAAAAUACUACUGCAAUAUGGAAUCUUAGAAAGAGAAAAAAACCCUAUCAACAUUGUCUUAACAAUAGUACUCUACCCUUCGAGAGUAAGAGUAAUGGUUGAUCGUGAAUUGGCUGACAUCCAUGAAGAUGCCAAAACAUGUUUGGUACUAUGUUCCAGAGUGCUUUCUGUCAUUUCAGUCAAGGAAAUAAAGACACAGCUGAGUUUAGGAAGACAUCCAAUUAUUUCAAAUUGGUUUGAUUAUAUUCCUUCAACAAGAUACAAAGAUCCAUGUGAACUAUUACAUCUUUGCAGACUAACCAUCAGGAAUCAACUAUUAACCAACAAUAUGCUCCCAGAUGGAAUAUUUUCACUUCUAAUUCCUGCUCGUCUACAAAACUAUCUGAAUUUAGAAAUCUAACAUACGUCAAUGUCCUAAGUUCCUUAACAAUGCUUACCAAUGUAUGGCUUAGAAGUUAAUAAAAAUUCACUUCAUGUAA